CGUCUUCUUCUCUACUCGAUCCCCAUUCCUCUCUACAUAGGGUUUCCUCCAAUGGCCGCCGCCGCCAUGGCUCGCAAGCUGCUCUCCUCCCCGUCCCGCAGCCUCCUGCUGUGCCGCCACAUCUCCUCCUCCUCCUCCUCCUCCUCCUUCAUGCGUGGCGGCGGCCGCUCCUCGCCGUUGCCGCUGAUGGACCUGCUGCGUCCGGCGGCCUCCUCCUCUUUCUUCCUCCACCGCCUCGGCGGCGCGACGCGCGGCAUGGCGCGGCGGCCCGGAGGCGACGGGUACUCUCCCGCCCGUUCCGGGGGCGGCGGCGGGGACCGGGCGCCCUCGGAGAUGGCGCCGCUGUUCCCCGGCUGCGACUACGAGCACUGGCUCAUCGUCAUGGACAAGCCCGGCGGGGAGGGCGCCACCAAGCAGCAGAUGAUCGAUUGCUACAUCCAGACUCUCGCCAAGAUUCUCGGAAGCGAGGAAGAAGCCAAGAAGAAGAUUUACAACGUCUCGUGUGAGCGGUACUUUGGGUUCGGGUGUGAGAUUGACGAAGAGACAUCCAACAAGCUCGAAGGGAUUCCUGGUGUUCUAUUUGUGCUCCCUGAUUCCUAUGUCGACCCUGAGAACAAGGACUAUGGAGCGGAGCUGUUCGUGAACGGGGAGAUUGUGCAGAGAUCUCCAGAAAGGCAGAGGAGGGUGGAGCCUGUGCCGCAGAGAGCCUCGGACCGGCCCAGGUACAACGACAGGACUCGCUACGCCCGCCGGAGGGAGAACCAGCGAUGAUUCAUAUCGACACUGAGCUACAAGCAACCUUGCUGUUUUCAUCUACCCAAAUAUAGCGAGUAGUUGUGUUUGGUUUGCUGUGGUACUGCCUUACAAUUAAAUCCGUUUAAUUCUGCUACUCUGUAUGUACUUUGUACUCUCUCUGUCUCAUAUUAAGUGACUUUCUAUUACAUGUAUCUAUACGUAUUUUAGCUAUAGAUACAUUCAUGUUUGGUCAAAUUUGAAUCACUUAAUAUGAAACGGAGUGAGUAUUUGACUA